CUUAACGUAUUGCUUAUUCUCCGAGCACAGUCAUGGCAGGCCAUCUAAACCCCUUCAUUACCAAGCUAAAGAAGGAUUUGACUUGUACUAUCUGCAAACGAUUCUUCAACGGUCCUACCACACUGUCGUGUCUUCACAGCUUUUGCUCAAAGUGCCUCAUCGACUGGAACAAAACAUGCAAAGAGGGACGACAACGAUUUUCUUGUCCGAUAUGUAAAAAGCCAAUCGAUGGUUCAGGGAUUGAUAUGUCCAAACCCCGCAUUUCGUUUUAUCUUGAAUCUCUAAUAACUCUGGUCUCUUCAAUAGAGGGCAAAUCAAAACAAGGAUCGCAGCCCCCUGAAUGCAAAUGCUGUGCUCUAGAUCAUAAAAGUCAUAAUAAGGUUAGCAUCCUGGAGGAAACUAAAAGCAUCAAGCAAACGCUGCGCCAAGACAUGAAAGAAUUGAAUAAAGUGGUAGAGAAAUACAACCAGGAAAAGGAAAAGAUCAGAGAAAGUAUGGCGACAAUUCAAAGCCAUUUUGAGAGUGCUAAAAAGAGCGUUCGUGGCGUCGCGGAAACGGCCUUCAAGCUGAUUAUGGACCAUGAGAACGAAAUGAUAAAAGUGCUGAACGAAAAAGAGCGUAUGCAGAAGUCAGAGUGUCUAAGAUUACAGGGAAAAAUAAAUAGUGAACUGCAAAAUGUCUCUGAAAUCCAGCUUCAAUACCAGUGUUUGUUGGAGAACGACGUCUCUCUUGAAAUUAUAGAAAAGCAGAAUUUCCUACAGAAAAAAUGCAACACGAUUCUGGACAAGGAAGCAAUGCUACAAAAGAAGCCGAUGCUCAAGAGGGGAAACGUGACAGUAGAUUACGUGACAAACCCAGAAGUAAUGCAAUCUUUACAAAAUAUUGGAAAGCUUGUCGAGACAAAGCCAUUGGAUCCUUCACGUUGUACCAUUGAAGCACUUAAAGAGGUUCGAAACGGUUAUUUCAAUGAGCUCGAGUUUGAAAUUGUCACGCGUGACUGUGACGGUGAAGUAUGUUGCGUGACAGGAAAUUUUGAGAUCAGAAUCAUUGAUCAAGAAGGAGACGAAAUCGAAAAAAAUGCAGCAAUAAGUGAAGAGAAAGGAAAAUACCGGGCAGUUGUGACAUACAGGGCAGAGAAAAAAUCACCUUGCGAAAUCCAGGUGAAUAUUGGUGGAAAAAGAAUCAAAAACUCUCCACAAAUUGUAAACAUGAAAUGAUAA